AGGCUGGCUGGUCUUAAUGGUACCGAUCACUAGUCUACCGCUCUUAGAGACAGUUCAGUGAUUGCGUGAAUAUUUAGCUCCACCUAAGCAGUCGAACACAGGAGAGAGCGGGAAAGGGGAUGUUUUGAAUGAACUGACGCCACGGUGCUCAGCAGAGAACGUCAGCAACAGCAGCACUAACAGCUGAGAGAGUACACACACACACACACGCCACCACUGAGACGAGCACAGCACAGCAAAACCACAGACCUGCAGCUAACAUGCUGGGCCAGCCAGGACAAUCCACCUCGCACGUCCUUUCCAAGAGGCAGCCGGUGUAUGGAGCCACUCACAGCCACAACUUGAGGGCGACGUCGUUUCGACAUCCUGUGACUGGACAGAUUUCCCCUGAAAACACAGAAUACACACUACAAGACAGGCUAGAAUCCCGUAUGUCCAAGUCAGCGGCCAAUCAGAGAUCUCCCAGCAUGGUCACACAGUCCUCCAAGGCUGUGACCUCAGCAGCAGUGGACGUCACCUCAGGGUCAAAGGGCUUCAGAGGUACAGGGAAAGUACACAGUUUUGGCAAGAGGGAUCAUGCUAUUAAAAGAAAUCUAAACAUCCCAGUGGUGGUUAGAGGCUGGCUCUACAAGCAGGACAGCUCUGGCAUGCGACUGUGGAAACGGAAGUGGUUUGUUUUGUCAGACUACUGCUUGUUUUACUACAAAGACAGUCGAGAGGAGACGGUGCUCGGUAGCAUCCCUCUGCCCAGCUAUGUCAUUGCACCAGUUGAGCCCGAUGACCACAUAAACCGCAAAUAUGCUUUCAAGGCGAGCCAUACAGGAAUGCGCUCCUACAUUUACAAUAAGAACUCUGUGAUUGGCUCACAGGCAGAACACUGCGGGAUGCGGACAUAUUUCUUCAGUGCGGACACACAGGAGGACAUGAAUGGCUGGAUCCGGGCCAUGAACCAGGCUGCGCUGAUGCAGCAGAGUCACACUAUAAAGAGAGAGUUGGAUAAGCCGGAGAAAACAGCACAGCAGGCAGUCCCACAGACCAACCAUGUCCACAUCAGCCAGAACUCAUGUCAGUCAGAAAGGACAGACAGAGAGCAACCUCAGGAUAAUGGCUAUAGACAGGCUCAUGGAGAUGAGGUGAGGUAUGGCUUAGAGAUCCCGGGGAAGCCCAGCCACUCAGCCCCGCAGGACAGAGUAGAGCGACUGUCCCCAGACUGUGUCAAUGGUGCCGCCCACAAGAACGGACAGCAGACUGUAAUCCAAGUAGCUCUACCACCGGAACAAAACGGAAAUCUCGUCUAUCAGAGGGGCUUUGUUUCACGUAAAGACACUGAGAAACAUGUGCAGAGGAAGAACACGCUGGCUCAGGUGGAGCAGUGGGUCAAAGUCCAGAAAGGAGACCCACCAAAGAGUGCCCCAUGUGCCGAGUACAACCUUCCUCGCCGGACUCCACCUUUAAAGCCCAAAGCCAGCACUGCAGAAGUCACCUAUCAGUCGUUGCCAAAGUCUCCCCGUCUUCCUUCAGACAGCAGCUCUCCUCCAGCAACAUGCAACCUGCCCAGUGACUAUAAGUAUGCCCACGACCGGCUCAGCCACUUCCGGAUGUCCACCGACGAGCGAAUGGCCACCAAGGAGGGAAUGGUGUGGCAGCUGUACGAGUGGCAGCAGCGGCAGCAGUUUCGUCACGGCAGCCCCACCGCUCCUAUCUACACGGGCCCUAACUUCACAGACUCUUCAUCUUUCAGAGUCACCGUGGAGAUGCCGCGCUCCAUCUCCGUCCCUCCAUCUCCGUGCGAAGUCCCACCAUCGGUCCCCUCCUCCUUCAAGCCGCUGUCCCCGCGCAGGCCACACACCCCUUCAGACAGACGCACCGUCAGGCCCCUAGAUGAGGUGGUUCCCGGGGACAGCACAAGAUCCAGCUCCCCGGGACAUAUCUGUGCCCAUCUUUCUCAGACUUCCCAAAUAGAGAGAAGGUCCGUGCCAGCCAUGGGCUACAUCACACACACCGUCAGUGCUCCCAGCUUGCAUGGCAAAACGCCUGAGGAGUUGACUCUGCUCCUCAUUCAGCUUCGGAGGCACCAAGCCAAGAUGGCUGGUGUGCAUAGCCCCAGCAAUGCGUUCGCUCACCUGCAGCACCACCAGCACAACGGCCUUCUAGGCCCCAGCAUGCAGGCUGAUGAUACUUACAUACAACUGAAGAAGGACCUGGAGUAUCUAGAUCUGAAGAUCCAAAGUAUUGACCCGACGAUCGUUUCAGUACACAGUGUAUUUGAAAUCCCCACUUCAAGUUCUGGGCAUUGUUUGAAUGUUACUGGACGUGAGAGUUUAAAAAAAGAAAGACCAUCAAGGCCUGUGAAAAUAGCAGAAAGUGAUGCGGAUGUGAAGUUAAGUCGAUUGUGUGAACAGGACAAGAUUUUACAGGAUCUAGAGGCCAAGAUACGCACUUUGAAGGAGGACAAGGACAAGUUGGAGUCUGUGCUGGAUGUUUCCCACCAGCAGAUGGAGGAGUACAGAGAUCAGCCAGCUCAUGCUGAGAAAAUUGCUUAUCAACAGAAAUUACUACAAGAGGAUGUGGUCCACAUUAGAGCUGAAAUAUCUCAAGUGUCCACAGAGAUGGAGAAUGCAUGGAAUGAGUACAGCCGACUGGAGAGAGACGUGGACUGGCUGAAGGCCGCGCUGCAGGGACAGAUGGGCCGCAGUGAUCUUACUCAGCAAGAAAAAGUGCAACUCAGAAAGGAGCUUUGGAGGAUUGAGGAUGUUAUCGCAGGCCUCAGCACCAGUAAAGCCAACUACAAAGUCACUAUCUCCUCUGUUACCAACCCAGAGAGGAAAUUUGUGCCUUCAGUGUCGGUGUCAUCAGUGCCUUCUGUGUCUGGGAGCCCGUCUGCUAUGGAGAUGAGAUUGUCCCAGCAGCAGCAGCAGCACAGCCCCCACCUCAGCCCUAGUAGCCACACACCCAUCCUUUCCUCCAGUCCCAGUCACUCCACAACCAUCAUCAGUGGGAUUAAAUGGUUGUUCUGUGUGCAGAGUGAGGAAGAUGUGCCUCCCAGACCUCCUCUACCUCAGCUAUAUAGUCCUGAAGAGCAUCCCCCUGCUGUGCCUCCGUUGCCCCGGGAGACAACAGUGAUCAGACACACAUCUGUACGCGGCCUCAAACGACAGUCAGAUGAACGCAAAAGGGACAGAGAGAUUGGCCAGUACACAAACGGAGACAGCAAGGUGGAGCUUAGACCUUUCCUGAGUGAUCCAGAGCUCAUGGGGGCUGGAGAUGGCUCCAGCCACAUCAGUGUCGUAGUAUCCGGGCAUGGUGGAGGCUACCAGACGCUACCUAGCAGAGGAAUAACUGGCUCCUCCCUUCGGGUAAAUCAGUCUUCGAGCAUCUCCUCAUACGUGACCCUCCGAAGAUCAGCCUCAGCCAUAGGAAUGAAGGAGAGACCAAAAAGUGCCUUGGAGCGUCUGUACUCUGGGGACCCGGCGCAGCAGCAGCAGAGGGGGAAGAUGAGUGCUGAUGAGCAGCUGGAGAGGAUGAAGAGGCACCAGAAGGCCCUCGUCCGCCAGCGCAAACGCACCCUGAGUCACGGAGACCGCCAGGGCUCUUCAUCGCCGCGCACCACAUCCUCACGGCCACUUUCAGCGGACUUGGGAUCAUGGAAGAGAGAGCAGGACUUUGACCUGCAGUUGCUUGAGAGGGCUGUGCAGGGGGAGGAAGCUCAGGGAGUUAGGAGUGUCCAGGGGGAGGAAAGACCUCCUGAGCACAAAGAGAGACCCCGCUCACACUCGGAUGAAUGGCUGACCUUCCGCUCCAUGGCCACAACCCCUCCCACCCAUGAGGUUGAUCUGGAACCACUGGACUAUGACCUGGACCUCAACAAAGAGCUGUCCAAGCCUCAGAAAGUGUUGAUCCCGGAACGCUAUGUGGAUUCAGAGCCGGAGGAGCCACUUAGUCCUGAGGAGGUGGAGGACCGCCAUCGUAAGGUGGAGCGCAUCAAAACCAUCUUGGCAAAGUCCAGUGUGCAAAACCUAGCAGCGACCGUGUCUGUGGACAAGCCAGAGGUGGGGCUGGUGGCACUCGACUCAGCUCUGCAGGAGCAGGAGAGGAUCAUCACCAUGUCGUACGCACUCGCCUCAGAGGCUUCGCUCAAAAGCAAACUAGUCACAGUUCCACCACAGGUUAACAUCCCUAACCCUCCUCCCCCGCCCCCUCCUCCGCCUCCUCCUCUUCCCCCUCUUCCUCCUGCUCCUCCUGUAUCUCUGGCGCCGCCCUCUCCACUAAACAACGGGAUUCACUACACAUUUGUCUAAUCAAAAAAAAAACAAAAAAGCAAACUCAAGCAAUUUCUGGACACUGAGGUGCUAUUUCACAAUGACAACAAACCACUGGAUUCCCCACGAAAAGAGGAUUAUGUUUGAUCUGGGACAUCUUUAUAUACAGCAAUAGAGAAAGAGUAGUAAACAUUUAACUUGCUCUCUGAGGCACACUCAGCAUCGACUCGUUAAAUUGUUUCCAAGACGAUUUUUCUGAGCAGGCUUUGCUAUGCGAGCUGCUGUGCUUAUUAACUAUGGAAGUGUCUAACAAAUGUUAAUCUUCUAUUAAUGAAAAAAAUAAUAUUUUCUACGAGGUACUGCACUUUGAAUUGUACACUGUAUCAUAUUUUCAAGAUAUAUCUGAUUUGCUUUUUCUUGCAGCGCGACUCAAAUGGAAACCUUUUUUUUUUCUUCAGGUACAGAAUGUUAAGAACAAGAGGUACUAAAUGCGUCAUGAUAAUAGUAUUUUUGUCAGUCCUCAGAUAAUAUUCUUACUCCAAACCACUUGAAAUCUCAUACUGUAUGUACCUGUAGCACUGCCAGUCUCCUUUAGGCUUGCCAAAAUGAAUUUUAUUUUUGCUUACAUCAGGAUAAAAAUAACCUUUAACGUAUUUUUUUGUGUGACUUGGGAAGGUUGGGACGCUGGAAAUUUAUAAAAAUGUGAAUAUUAAAGAUAUUAACACAGUA